CGCCUCGGCCGGGCCGCCUGGCGGGGGCUGGCGGCGGGGACCCGUUAGCGCGGCAGGAAGCGCCCGCCGCCGCCGCCCCGCACCAUGUCGAAGCGCCUGAGGAGCAGCGAGGUCUGCGCCGACUGCAGCGCCCAGGAUCCUUGUUGGGCGUCUAUAAACAGGGGGAUUCUGAUCUGUGACGAGUGCUGUAGCGUUCAUCGAAGCCUGGGGCGUCAUAUCUCUCAAGUGAGACAUCUCAAGCAUACCCCAUGGCCUCCAACACUGCUGCAGAUGGUUGAAACGUUGUAUAACAAUGGUGCUAACUCCAUAUGGGAACAUUCCUUGCUGGAUCCUGCCUCUGUUAUGAGUGGAAGGCGCAAAGCAAGCCCACAGGAUAAAGUCCAUCCCAAUAAAGCAGAAUUCAUUAGAGCUAAAUAUCAGAUGUUAGCGUUUGUUCACCGCUUGCCGUGCCGUGAGGAUGACAGCGUUACUGCCAAAGAUCUCAGCAAGCAACUCCAUUCCAGUGUGAGGACGGGGAAUCUGGAGACGUGUUUGCGAUUGCUCUCCUUAGGAGCUCAGGCCAACUUCUUUCAUCCUGAGAAAGGAAACACCCCGCUCCACGUUGCUGCUAAGGCAGGACAGACUUUACAAGCCGAAUUAUUAGCGGUUUAUGGUGCUGAUCCUGGCACGCAAGAUUCCAAUGGAAAAACUCCAGUUGACUAUGCAAGACAAGGUGGGCAUCAUGAACUGGCAGAGCGCCUGGUGGAAAUUCAGUAUGAGCUCACGGACAGGUUGGCUUUCUAUCUCUGUGGCAGGAAACCAGAGCAUAAAAAUGGACAGCACUUUGUUAUACCUCAAAUGGCAGACAGACGGCUUCUAGAUUUAUCAGAACUUGCAAAAGCAGCUAAGAAGAAGCUUCAGUCUCUGAGCAACCACUUAUUUGAAGAACUGGCCAUGGAUGUGUAUGAUGAAGUUGACCGAAGGGAAACAGAUGCAGUUUGGCUGGCUACUCAGAAUCACAGUACGCUUGUGACAGAGACCACAGUCGUCCCUUUUCUUCCCGUAAAUCCUGAAUAUUCCUCAACCAGGAAUCAGGGAAGACAAAAACUGGCUCGAUUCAAUGCCCAUGAAUUUGCUACACUAGUUAUAGAUAUUUUAAGUGACGCCAAACGAAGACAACAGGGGAACCCCCUCGCUGGCUCAAAAGAUAAUGUGGAACUGAUACUCAAAUCAAUCAGCAAUCAACAUAGUAGUGAAAGUCAGGAUAAUGACCAGCCUGAUUAUGACAGUGUUGCUUCAGAUGAAGAUACAGAUCUCGAAACGAAUGCAGCUAAAUCAAACAGGCAGAAGAGCCUGGAUUCAGACCUGUCAGAUGGACCAGUGACAGCCCAAGAGUAUAUGCAAGUUAAAAAUGCUUUGGUGGCUUCUGAGGUGAAGAUUCAGCAGUUAAUGAAAGUGAACAUCAACCUGAGUGAUGAGCUGAGAGUCAUGCAGAAAAAGCUUCAAACGCUACAGAGUGAAAAUACCAACCUCAGAAGACAGGCCACAACCAAUAUAUAUCAGGUCCAAACUGGUUCUGAGUACACAGACCCCACCACCAAUUCUUCUUUAAAGCGGCGACCGUCUGCACGGGGUAGCAGGCCCAUGUCCAUGUAUGAGACCGGCUCAGGUCAGAAACCCUACCUCCCCCUGGGAGAGGUCCCAUACCCAGAAGAAAGCAUUACACGACUCCAGCCUUUCCCUCCACAUAUCGGGAGGAGUGCGUUUGUGACCUCCUCUUCAUCUCUACCUUCCUUCCCCUCCACGCUUUCCUGGUCAAGGGAUGAAAGCACACGAAGGGCCUCGAAGCUGGAGAAGCAGAGCAGCGUGUCCGAGAGCGACUACGAUAACCCCACCACCCCGCUGGAGCUGGAGGAGACGGGGGCAGGCAGGAAGGGUCGGCAGAGGAGCGUCAUUUGGCAGGGGGAGGGAUCCAUCCCUGAAGACACGGACACGGCUCCCAGCUCCAGUUUGCCCAGCACAGAAGACGUGAUUCGGAAAACCGAGCAGAUCACAAAGAAUAUCCAGGAGCUGCUGCGAGCGGCGCAAGAGAACAAGCAUGACAGCUAUAUACCGUGCUCCGAGAGAAUACAUGUGGCAGUAACGGAGAUGGCAGCUUUGUUCCCCAAAAAACCCAAAUCUGAACUGGUAAGGACUUCUUUGCGUCUGCUGACAUCUAGUGCCUACAGACUCCAAUCCGAGUGCAAAAAAACCCUCCCCGUGGAGACGUGCCCCACCACGGACAUCCAGCUGGUCACGCAGCAGGUCAUCCAGUGCGCCUACGACAUCGCCAAGGCUGCGAAACAGCUGGUCACCAUCACAACCAAAGAGAACAACAACUGAGUCACAACUUGGCUUUUUAGUCUCGUUUUUUUAAAAAGGUCGGAUUUCAAACAUAGGUGUGGAACUAUUCGCAUUUUUACGAGGGAAAAAAAAAAAAACUAAAGGGGCAAGAAACUUUUUUUAUGAAAAACUCAGUAUUAUUUUUGCAUGUUUUCUAACGAUUUUAUGAUUAAUUUAACCCACUGCCUUAUUUUGUGCCUGUGUUGCCAGUUUAGUUACAGAGAAUAGCAUGUUGCGAAUAGCUGUUGAGCCAUUAUCAUGUCCAGGCAUCGUAUCAAGCUCUUGCUAGAUGUUUCCUUGGGGCCACCUCCUGCUUUUCAGGUAUUGCUUGCAAAAAAAAAAAAAGAAAAAAAGACAAACUCCUGUUCAAGUCAGUUGCACGUAUCGGAGGGCAGAAUCUCACCUCCACUCCGUCCGCCCCGACGUGCUGUUCUGCCUCUGACCUGAGCAACCUGUAGCCAAAAGAGGCUCUGGGAUCAGAACUGCUGCCCAGCAGGAAGAAGGUUGUAGUCCCGCUAACGGAGUACAAACCGAAUUAUUAUCUGUUUCCCAUAUCAACUGUUGUGCAAUAAUAUGUUUUUUAGUCUGCUAAAACAAUAGUAGUUGUGGGCAUCCCAGCUUAUUACAUGUAACUAUACGAGGUCUUUGUCACUUUAUCUGUUUUGGAAGGAAUUUGAAACGUAAUAGUUAUUACUUUUUAGUUGUCACUAUGCCAUUAAUAUAUAUGUUUGAUGUUACUUUAGGGCAUUAGUGGUUAAAAUAUUAUCCUUUGUUUCUGAUUUAAUAAUUCAUUCUUAAGUUUCCUACAGAAUUUUACUGUCAUCUUCAAGGCAUCAUCUUGUUUGCAGCAGCAUUGCUCAGUAACUCAAGAUGCAAUUCAAUUUCUGUGGUAAUUAAAAAAAAAAACAAACAAAAAAGGAAGUUAGAAGAGUGCCAGUGCACGAGCAGCUCUGUCUGCCAUAGCAUAGAACCUCUGUACCUCAACAUAUCCAAAUGUGAAGAGAUUUUUGAUAACUAGUAAGUUUUAUGCAAAUCUUUCAAGAUUUUACAUGUGGAAUAACCUAAGCGAGGCUGCCUGUUAGAAGGGCAGGUGGGUGACAAAUGUCAAUGGCUUUUGGGGUUUUUUUUUCAUUCAUAACAGUUCACAAAACCGUGACAGUCCUUAUAUUCAAAAAUGAGAGUUCUUUGGGAAUCUAAAUUCCAUAGGGGGCGAGAAAAGUUACUAAUUUUUGCCUCUGCCUGUGUCCCAUUAGGAAGCAUGUUGUCAUUUGAAGGAGCUGGCAGCCACUUAAAGUGGUCUUUAAGUUAAGAACAAAUUUAGGGAACGGCAGCAGCUGGUGUGAACCUUUAGACAGUUUUCACAGAAACUAUCCGUGGUUCCACCAUCAAGUCUGCAGCAUGUGCUCUGCCAAACCCAUCAACUCUUCAAGGCUUUCUGGUGGAAAAACUGCCAUAUUUAGGUGAACAAAGGAACUAAAGUUCAGUGGUUGGUUCCUUUUCAAGUCCUGCUGUGUUUGUAUGUGUAUAUAAACACGAAGUGCCAUAACACUGUUGGAUUCCUGUAUGUUGUAAUUAGCUCUGGUUUUAAAGUAGUGUGAGUUGGAGGGAGGGAGGGAAUGGAGAGAGCAGAUGGCAACCCAGCUAAAUUAAUGUCCUUCAUUGUGGGGUUUUUUUAUUUCGUUUCUGCACUUUGGAAUUUCACAACUGACCCUAAACUCACAGAAAAGCAGCCAGGCUGGGAUUACAGCUUAAAAAACCAUUUGUAAAACCUACUUCAAAGUUGUGCUACUGGCAAUUAAAUAAGUUGAUAAUCUUCUAGGAACUUUUCCUUAAAUUGGCAUCACUGAAAGGCAGCAGAUGGUAUUUUAAAAUCUCUCAGGACACCACUGUAUGCUUUUCUUUAACAUAUCUUACCUGAUUUCCAAAGCAGGGCAGCACUGAGUUAUGGUGCAAGUUAUCAGUUGUUUAAACUUGCCUGUGUACCAAACCAAACAGAUGCCCGGAUAACUGCAAGCCCUUGUUGCAGCUCUGCUAGUUCUAGAUUUCCUACAAUCAACCAUUUAACCAUUAAAAACCUGGCCAACCUGUAAUUGAUUCCCUGUUCUGUCACUUAAAUGGCAUUUCUAGUCAGUUCCCCCAUCUCUAAACAAAUCUUUGUUCUAGGUUGGUUUGUUCUGGUCCAUCAUCACUCCAGAACCACGGGGACAGUGACGCAGGACAGGCAGUUUCCUGAGGUUCUCAGUAAAACAGCAGUGGUGUGAGCACACGUGGGUGUGCUGCCUCAGCUCUGCUCACAGCCAUUCAAAACCCAACAGUGGAACUACAGAGUAGUAAGUAGAUUGGCCCUCGAAUCAUACAGCACUGUAAUACCUAAAACAACAAUAGUGGGGGUUUUAUUUUUCUUCCCCUGUAAACAAACUUGCUCCUUCUUUACAAAAUGCUGCAUAGGAAAGGAAAACUUUUUUUUUUUUGCCUUUUUUCUAAAACUUGUAUUUAUCAGUGUCGUUUUCUGUCUGUACAAUAUUUUGACUUAAUCCUUUGUUUACUGUAUUGCUAUAAAAAUGCUAAAAAUCUUCCA